UAAAAAGGGACAACGAACGUUUGACAAACAUUAAAAUACAAUAUUUAUUAAUGACGUUGAAACGGAAUGAAUGAGUGUCAUCCUUUUGAUCGUUCAUAAUUUUGUUGUAAUUUGUAUUAUAGUAUAAUUUAUCCAAAAAGCCAUAUAAUGCAAUAAAAUGUAUACCCUAUUACAUGGUUUCUACAAAUAUAUCAUACAAAAAGACGAAUAUUUUGUUUUAAUAUUGGGUCUCGACAAUGCAGGCAAAACGACGUAUUUGGAGGCUGCUAAAACGAAAUUUACUAAAAAAUAUAUAGCAAUGAACCCCAGUAGAAUAACAACAACAGUAGGUUUAAAUAUAGGCAAAAUAGAUGUAGACGGUGUUAGACUUAACUUCUGGGACCUUGGAGGACAGCUAGAACUGCAGUCUCUAUGGGAUAAGUAUUAUGCAGAAUGUCAUGCAGUUAUCUACAUAGUAGACUCUUCAGACAGAGACAGAGUGUCUGAAUCAAAAGAAACAUUUGAUAGAAUGAUAGCAUCAGAACACCUCUCCGGUGUGCCAUUGCUUGUAUUAGCGAAUAAACAAGACAUUCCAGACUGCAUGGGAGUUCACACAGUGAAGCCUAUAUUCAACCAAAACGCGCAUCUUAUUGGUGCCAGAGACAUUAUGCUCAUGGCUACCUCGGCAUUAACAGGUGAUGGUGUCGACGAAGGUAUCAGAUGGCUAGUGGACUGCAUAAAACGUAACAGCGUCGACCGGCCGCCGCGCAACCACGACGACAAUAUAUAAAGCCUCGCGAUGCACAAUACGCGUCCAAAGUCAUACUAAUACAAUGAAUAAUAAUUAGUUUUCCUAUUAAGAUAAUGGAUAUGACUCGGUUGGCCCAUUGUUUUGUACAGUAUUGACAUUUGAGAAUAAAACAUUACUAGAAGUGGUA